CUACCGAAUGGGGCCUCCCAUUUGUACAAUCGGCGCACUGUUCCCGCUUUGUGUGUGUGUAUGUGACCUGAAUAUGCGCCGGGAGCGCCACACAACGCCAACGAGGAAGUAAUUUUAAGACACUCACUUCGCAAUUGACCUUCUGUCUUCUCUCCUUGACUUGUGAUGGCUCACCGUCUGUUUGAAGGCAAAGAUCAUGCCGCCUCCUAUUGGAAAUAUCGGAUUUCGCCAUCGGAUCAAUUGAUUCAGCGUGUGCUGGAAUUUGUGAGAAAACAGAAAGGUGAGCCCCUGCUGUUGGCCGUGGAUGUGGGAUGCGGCUCGGGGCAAGGCACGGUGCUGCUGGCCAAACACUUUGAGUCCGUGGUGGGCACGGACGUGAGCCCUGCCCAGCUGGAGGUGGCUUCGCAGCACGCUCGAGAGCCCAACGUCACUUAUCGACAAUGCGUGGCUGAGGAGCUGCCGUUUGCCGACAGCUCAGCGGACCUGAUAACGGCCAUGUGCGCCUUCCACUGGUUUGACAGAGCACGCUUUCUGCAGGAAGCCGACAGGGUCCUGAAGCCUCGCGGUUGCUUGGCUCUGCUCAACUACACCCUCGAUAUGGAACUGGCCUACCCGGGUUGCUGCCAACAGUCGCUCAACCAAGUGUGCAAAGAGUUCUACGCUGCUUUGCAUCCUUACCGUAGUACUAUUCUUGGUCCGAAAUCGAUUGAGUUGUACCGAGAAGCCUACAAUUCCAUCCCCUAUGCUGACAAAGAAUGGAAUGAGGAGAUGUGGGUGAAGAAGUCCAUGCCCCUGAGCAGCUACAUGGGCUUUGUGGAAUCGUUCUCCAGCUAUCAGGCUCUGCUGAGGGAAGACCCCCAGAAGGCCGAAAGGCUCUCACAGGACAUUUGUCAAAGGUUGAUGUCUAUCAUGAAGGUGACCUCUGCGGAGACAGAAGUGGUGCUGGGUGUCAAGUAUUUCUACCUGCUGGCAAGCAAAAGCGGCUGAGAAGAUGUAUCUUUUUUUUUUUUUAAUAAAAAGUAGAAAUGGCCUGUAUUGCAGCCCUACCCAGAAAGUUGUCACUUUUAGGACCCCGUUAUUUUGGCAAAUAAAUGAAUUCACACAUCUCUAA